AUGAACUGGAUCGCCAACUCAAUCGCCAACUCUCCAGAUAAAUAUGAGCCAUACUUGGCCUCAAUUGACUCGCCAGAGGAGCUUGCCUUCAUUAACUCCCAUCCAGCGCUGGGUGGUGUGAUUAACUCGUCGUACACAUUCUAUAUCAAUGGAGCCAACAAUGCUGGUAGCAAUUCGUUCCAGUACAACAGUGGUCCAUUAAAGGAUGGCAACAUCUUCACCUACCGUCCAUUCGCACGCUGCUACACCGUCUGUCCAUGGGCUGCCAACUACCCCGAUUACACCCUCCAAAUCGCAACCGUCCCGCAAUACCUGACGUUGGUCAAAGAGAAUGGUCAGGUGGCUUUCCAACAUAAGCCCUACACGACCAAUCAGAUCUUCUUGAUCGAGUGGAACGGUUACUCGGACCCACUCAUCCCAAUGCCGCCCACCACCGGUGGAUCAAUCCAGAUCACCAACUUCAUCACUGAGGAGGUCACAAAGGCCUUGUGGAACAUGCCCACUCUCCUCGUCAACAUCAUCGACCUCGUCUCCGGAGUGUCGACUCCUGUGUCCAUCACCCAAAAGCUUCCUACUUCCAUCAAAAUCAACGUCCCACCAGGAUUCAAGAGAUUCAACCUGUCCAUUGAUGAUACCAAAGGAAGAACAUUCUCCCAAGUCGUUCACUACCAAUUACCAUACAUCAAUACCGUAUAUGCCCGUGGAUUCACCGUCGGCUCACUUGUGACCAUUACUGGAGGCAACUUUGGUACCACCGCCAAUGAGUUGUCUAUCACCAUGGCUGGUGCUGCCUGUACUGGCUAUUCAGUGGUCGAGGCCUACACCUCUGUUGCUUGCAACCUCGCCGCUUCCACUACCUCUACCCUCUCGCUUCUCCCAAUUACCGUCGGCUAUGGUGUCAAUAACUAUGCUGCCACUUAUCGCAACAAUCUCCCAUUCUAUGACCCUAACUCUAUGACUACGAUCCGUGUCUGUGCCAAUUGUGUCGCAUCAUUGGCUAACAUUAACACGUGGACUCUCGCUUCCGCUACUAACGGAAUUAUUGAUGGCAACAGACCAUAUGUGGGCGUUGUCUACAACGCAGCACAGUCAGCAACAAUCGUCAACUCCUACAGUUUGGGCAGCAAUAGACUCAUGGAGGCUUUGGACACCUACACUGCCAACUCCAUCUCCUACAAAGAUCAGUAUAGUCCUUUCUUUAAAGUGGCCGCCUACACACCAUUCAGCGCCGGUACCCCUGGAGUCUGUGUACCAACAGCAGUCUAUUGUAACGGUGAUGCGAUGCCAUACUCCACCUACUAUGUUACCUUUGGACAGGAGAAUGGUAUUGGCAAGCAAUACUCCAAUGGUGACAAUACAGUGGCCGGUGAGCUAGUGUACUACGGAGGCUUCAAGCCAACCCAGAGCGCUUCAAAUAUCAAUCUCAAGGUGGACACUGCUGGAGGAACCGUCUCCUACAGUGUCGGAAGUGGAUCCGUUGGUUUCAAGUUCACUCAACGUUCGUUCACAAUGUUUGGCGUUAACUACACCUUCCCCAACGUGUACCAGACCGAUCUUUUUGCCGUCAACCUCGUGAUCCCCGCUGGCACUGGCGUCAACGUUCCUGUCACCAUCUACAUUGAGUCCUACCCAGCACUCACCAACCUCUUUAUCACCUACAACCCACCAACCAUCACUAAGAUCUCGCCAUCGAUCACCUCUAUCCCAGGCAAGGUCAUCGUCAGCGGCACCAACUUUGGUUCCUCAGCCGGUAGCAUUACCGCCAAGAUCACCCUCGGAGCGCUUACCAUCCCCGUCACCUGCCGAGUCCUCACUGCUCACGUGUCCCUCGAGUGUGACUUCCCAGGUGGCUUUGGCACCCAGACCUUCACUUUGACCGUCGGCGGCCAGGUCGUUACCUCCUCCUACACGUACCAACCACCAGUGAUCACCGUCCAGCCCAUCAACAACGGAGAUGUCUUGGUUCUCACCGGAACUGGUUUUGGUACCGUGCUCACCAACAUGGCCUUGUCCAUCCCAACUGUCGCUGGCACUGCCACGCUCACCACCGUGUCCGACCCACAGACUUACACUGUCAAGGUCGUGACCACAACCAAGAACGGUCCAAUCUUCACCACUGUCGGUGGCCAAGUCAGUAACACCAUGUACAUGACAUACAAGCCCGCAGUCACUGGCGUCUCUGGUGUCUCUACCAGUACCGCCUCGAGCAUUGUGAUCGCUGGAAGCUUCCUCUCGCUCACCAGAUCCAACUCAUCCAGUUGUGAUGUAUCGAUCUUGAUCGACUCGACACCAUGCACUAUCCCAUCCAACCCAGAUGCCACCUCGAUCAAGUGUACCGCUUCAGCCCUCACCGGCUCGCACUCAAUCGUUGUCACCAUUGAUGGCAAGUCAUCUGAUUCGUUCACCUUUGCUGCCCCAUCUCCAACCGUGGCCGGAAACAUCCAACAGAAUGGCGAGACCAUCAUUAUCACUGGUGCCAACUUUGGUAACAAUGCCGCCAACGUUGUAGUUACUCUCGGAGGCCAGACCAUCUCCACAACCUCUGUCACAGACGGCUCGAUCACUGCCACACUCCCAGCCACCGCUACCAACGGACCACUCUUGGUCACCGUUUCAAGCAUUCCAUCCAACGUACAGAACUUCGAGAUCACACCAAUCUUUGUCUCGGCCAACGCCAUCCCCACUGACGGAGGUGCCCUCGUGAUCACCGGAAAGUUCUUAAACAGUGUGGACUCGGCCAACAGCCCACUAACUCCAACAGUUACCAUCGGCGCUAGCACCCAAUGCAAGGACGCUGCUGUCACUCAAGGCAACACCCAGCUGACCUGUACCGCACCCGCUGGUGUUGGAAAGAACAAUGCUAUCACCAUCGCCAUCGGUUCAAAGUCCACCGCAGGCACAUUCAACUACCUCGCACCAUCCGUUACCAGUGUAGUCCAGAGCCCAACUGACCCUCAGAUCACUGUGACUGGAGCAAACUUUGGUCAACAAGCCACCGCCAUUGGAGUCUUUAUCAAUGGUGCGACCAUCCAGGCUACCUCCUUCUCUUCAGGUUACACCCAGAUCGUUGCCACGAUCCCAACCUCAACCAAGAGUGAUGAUGUCUACGUCAUUGUUGGCGGCCAGUCAUCCAACUCUGAGUUCCUCAGUACCAUCCCAAUCUUGGCGACCAUCGGCCAGCCACCCGCCGCCGGAGGAUCGAUCUCCAUCAUUGGUACCUUCAUGCAAUCGACCGACUACUUUGGAAACACCUUGGUUCCAACAGUCACCAUUGACACCAACAUCGCAUGCACCGGUGCAGCCUUCACAGGCUCAUCUGGCUUAGUCGUCACAUGUCUGGCACCAGCCGGCACUGGUGUUGGCCACAUGGCUGUCGUCUCGAUCAACUCGCAGGCCUCCAACCCAUCGCCAUUUGAAUACCAAGCACCAUCAAUCAUCUCUGCCACUCAGGAUGACAAGGCCAUCACCGUCACUGGUGUCAACUUUGGAACUGAUGCCAGCAAGGUCACCGUGGUCUUUGGCACCGCCGUCUCUAACUUCCCAACAUCGAUCACCGACACCCAAAUCGUUGCCAACAUCCCUAAGGACGCGCUCAAUGGUGGUGUCAACGUUGUCGUCGACACCCAGUCCGCAGCCGUAACCCUCCCAUUCGACUUGACACCAAUCAUCAACACUGUCAAGUCUGCACCAAUCGCUGGAGGCGAGAUUACCAUCACCGGAUACUUCCUCAAUUCUGUCCGCCAGAACUCCGACCCAACCACCAAGUCAGUGACCCUGUUGCCAAGCACACCGUGCAACAAUGUCAACAAGAUUGCUGAUGACAACAACCAGGCUCGCUUCACCUGUACCGUCCCAUCUGGCACCGGUGCCCCCACUCUCAGAGUGACCAUCGACAGCAAGUCAACCGACACCACCGAGUUUGCUUAUGGCCUGCCCACCAUUGACUCUGUCAACGUUGAUACUACCAACACUAUCACAGUCAUUGGUACCAACUUGAUUGCAGAUGGUGUCACCACCAAUAUCAAUUACGGAGUAUACCCCAUCACGACCUAUACCGUCUCCACCGACAAUACCACGAUCACCUUCAGUGCACCAGCCGGUGCCUUGGCCGACUAUGUCCACAUCAACGUGGGUGGCACUGACGUGAAGUACCUCACACCAUUGUACCCAAUCCUCAGCUCGGUCACUCCCUCCCGAACCAUUGGCUCAGAGGUCACGUUGACAGGAACAUACUUGAACUCAUUCAAUGCCGACUCGACCCAGACCACGAUGACCGUCACCAUCAAUGGAGUGUCAUGCGCUGUUACCCCUGAUGCCCUGACCUCAACUAAAUACGUCCAGGCACCACCAGGUGUUGGCACCAACUUUGAGGUAACCAUCAAGAUUGGCGCAUAUUCAUCAACCAUCAACACAUUCAACUACCUCCCACCAUCAAUGAGUGGAGUGAUCGAGCAGAAUGGUCAGACAAUCACUGUAAAUGGUGACAACUUUGGCGCAUCUAAGGACGCCGUCACUGCCCCAACUGGAAUGACCUGCGUCUCUGCCGCCCACACAACAGUCGUCUUCUCGAUCCCAACCGUCUACCAAUCCCAGUCCAUCAGCAUCACAGUUGGAGGUCAAUCAGUGUCUGGCAUCUUUGUCAUCACCCCAAUUGUUAAUGAUGUUGCCGCCAUCUACGCUGAUGGAGGUGAUGUCGUGAUCAGUGGAUCAUACCUCAACUCUCAAUCUGCCAAUGGUACCGCUACGACUGUGGCCAUCACAUUCGGUCCAAUGAGCUUCACCGUCGCCGGUCUCCCAUGUGCCAAUGGUGUGCUUACCGGAACCACCACAAUCGUCUGUUACCUCGGAUCUGGAGGUGCUGCAGCCCAAAUGAUCUCCGUGGCUCUGCCAGUCGUCGUCUCUAACGACCAGAUCUCGGCCACUGCCAACGUCUUCCUCUACAGCCGCUACGACUGUGACUCCCAAUGCCUCAAUGGUGGUACCUGCCAGGAGGGUUACUGUGUGUGUCCAACUGGAUUCUCUGGCCCAACCUGUGCUGUCCCAGUCGGCGCUGUUGUCCAACCAACACUCGACCCAUCCAAGGUCACAUUCCCAGUGGCCUCGCUCGUCAGCUUUACCUCCCAGAUCGCCUACAUUCAAGAGUAUGACAACAAUGCCAACCAAGUGGUGUCCACUGUCACCAUCAUCGGCGCCACAUGGGCCGAGUCUGCACAAUCGACCUUCGACGCCACAGUCCAAGGUGUGUCAGUCCAGGUCAAGACGGACUUCUUCAACUCAGCCUCUGAUGUUGAGUACGCGGGUGAGACCAUCCCAGUGCCAGCAGGUGGAGUCAAGCACACUGUUGCCAUCUCUGGAUGGGAGUUCACUUACCAAGACAACGUCUUGAGAGUGAUCUAUGAGUCUCAGACACCAUCAACAUUCAACUACAACUGCUCCACUGCCUCAACAUCAGUGUCACACUUUGAUAACUCCAACAUGCCCGUGUCAUUCACAUUGGACUCACCCGCUGGAUUCAUGUUGGUUCACAUCUCUGAUCGCGCAUACGUCGACACCCAAUUGUACCAGAUUCAAGUUGUCCAAGACACCACACUUCCAGCCAUCGAUGGAAACACCGUCACUCGUUAUGCAGUCGUAGCACCAUCAUUCUCCAAGACACUUGUCUUUGAUCCAGUGUUUGUUGCAUACCAGAGACCAUCCAUCAUCAUCAACCCCAACUGCAAUCCAACUACCUCUACCUCUACCACUGGAACAUCUUCUUCCACUACCUCUACCACUGGUACUACUACUACUACUACUACUACUACCACCUCCACUACCACCGAGUCUGCCACAUCUACCACAACAACAACUACUUCACCCUCGACCACAUCACCAAGUGACUCGACAACCACAACAACUCUGUCCUCCACUACUGGACUCAGUGCAUCAUUCAAGGUCACUCCAUCAAUGAUGUUGGUUGCACUCCUCUGCAUCAUGUCAUUCCUUUUCUAA